GAGGAGACGAGAAAUAUCUCUUUAGAAACAGAACAGAACAGAGAGACACAAAAAUGUAUUUCGCAGCCAUAGCUUCUUCACGACAUAGCUUUUUGUCAGACUCUUUCAGUUCCCGACACAGCUUCAAACCCAGACACAGUAAUAAGCUCACACGUACCAAUUCAAUAUGUUGCAAAUCUCCACACCACGACGACGAAACUGAUUCUUCUCGGAAAAAUGAGAAUCAGCUGGCGAAAUUAGCAAUCGCGACGUUAGCGGUUGGCGUUUUGGCUUUGGGAUCCGUUGGAGAUGAUGCGUCUGCGGCUAAGAGCGGCGGAAGAAUCGGUGGUCAAGCGUUUCGGUCUUCAGCUCCUCGGCCUCCUCCUAGAAUUAACAACCGAUCGAGGACCAACAUCUACGUGAAUCCUCAGGUUGCACCACCUUUGAUCGGUGGCUAUGGAUAUGGCUACGGCGGUUGGGGAUGGUCACCGUUUUCUUACUUUGCCCCCGGUCCUGCGGUGGCAGUUGGUGGCGGCGGUGGCUUCGACCUCCUCGUCCUCUUCAUGUUUUUUGGAGCCGCUUCAGCCGUGGCCAGAAACGUUUUCCGAUCAAGAAAUGAAGAAGAUGACGAAGAUGACUAUUAGGGCUGGGAAAGAAUAAAAUCAGAGAGGCAUGUCUUAUUACAAACAUAGUCGAAUAUACGAUUUUGUGUUAAAAGUUAAUGAUGGAAAAGACGGUUUGUAAUUUGUAAACCUUGAGACAAGUUACUAAGAACAAUCUGAAAAACUUAUAUAGCUAAACUCAAAUUGAAACA